GAAAUUUAUCUUCUGCUACGGGUGACCCGUUUUAAUUAUUCAGAAGGGUGUACAGUAAGGAUGGCCCGUUUUGCAUCACUGAUUCACAUUCACUCACUUCACUUCUUUCUUUCUCUCGCACUCGCAUAACACAGCAACCCUUGAACCCUUGACGGAGAGGAAGCUCACGGCGUCGGCGGCCACAGCAACCCACAGAACUCUAGAGACACGGUGGUCACUGGUGGAGGAAGAAGCGAGUCACUGACGGAGACGAAGGUCACGGCGCCGGCGGCGAACCACGACGACGACGAGCGGCGGUAACCCAAGCGACGCAAACCCCCACCGUAGUUCAACUGUUUCGGUGUGAAAUAAGCUUAACAAGUUUCUUUGCUAAACAAAUUGAUGUGACAUUGGUUUGGAAAACCAUUGAAGGUUUUCCUUUAUAGCAGAAACACUGACGAAGCCUUUUGGGAGGAGAGUUGCAUCAAAAUAUUGUCUGAUGUGGGUGCUUCAGAUUCCCCAAAUUGUCAGACAUACUCCAUCUCAAAGCCACCUAUGUUGCAGUUCCCGUGUGUAUUCAAGAUUGCCUGUCACUUUUGCUUCAUUGAACCCUUCAACAAACCCCAUCAAAGACAUAAAGAGCAACAACAAUCAAUUGAUACAGUCAUUAUGCAAAGGAGGGAACCUUAAGCAGGCUAUUCAUCUCCUGUGCAUUGAGCCUAAUCCAACUCAGCAAACUUUUGAGCAUUUAAUCUAUUCAUGUGCCCAGCAAAACUCGCUCUCCGAUGGCCUUGACAUUCAUCGCCAUCUUACCAACAGGGGUUUUGACCAAGACCCGUUUUUAGCUACUAAACUUAUCAAUAUGUACCAUGAGCUCGGGUUUAUUGAUCGUGCUCGCAAGGUAUUUAAUGAAACGCUGGAAAGAACCAUAUAUGUCUGGAAUGCACUCUUCCGAGCGCUGGCAAUGGUGGGUCGUGGUGAGGAGCUGCUAGAUUUGUAUGCCCAGAUGAAUUGCACUGGGGUCCCAUCGGAUAGAUUCACGUAUACAUAUGUGCUUAAGGCUUGCGUUGUUUCAGAGCUGUCAGUCUGCCCUCUCAGGAAGGGCAAGGAGAUUCAUGCCCAUAUUCUACGACAUGGCUAUGAAGCAAAUAUUCAUGUUAUGACAACUCUGUUAGAUGUGUAUGCUAAGUUUGGCAGUGUGUCUUAUGCAAAUUCCGUGUUUUGUGCAAUGCCUACCAAGAACUUUGUCUCAUGGAGUGCUAUGAUUGCAUGUUUUGCGAAGAAUGAUAUGCCUAUGAAAGCACUGGAACUGUUUCAGUUAAUGAUGCUUGAGGCAUGUGAUUCAGUUCCAAAUUCAGUUACAAUGGUUAGUGUACUUCAAGCUUGUGGAGGCCUUGCUGCAUUAGAACAAGGGAAGUUGAUUCAUGGUUAUAUCCUUCGACGGGGUCUUGAUUCUAUACUGCCAGUUCUUAGUGCGCUUAUUACAAUGUAUGGAAGAUGUGGUGAGAUUUCGAUGGGACAGAGGGUGUUUGAUAGCAUGAAGAAUCGUGAUGUUGUUUCUUGGAAUUCUUUGAUUUCUAUUUACGGCAUGCAUGGUUUCGGAAAGAAAGCAAUCCAAAUUUUUGAGAACAUGAUCCAGCACGGAAUUUCACCGAGUUAUAUAUCAUUCGUUACUGUUCUGGGUGCUUGCAGUCAUGCCAGCCUUGUUGAGGAAGGAAAGAUUUUAUUUGAAUCCAUGCUUAGUAAGUACAGGAUCCAUCCUGGUAUGGAGCAUUAUGCUUGUGUGGUGGAUCUUCUUGGACGAGCUAACAGGUUAGAUGAAGCGAUCGAACUAAUAGAAGAUAUGCAUUUUGAACCCGGACCCACAGUUUGGGGUGCCCUUCUUGGAUCUUGUAGGAUUCACUGUAAUGUUGAACUUGCGGAGAGAGCAAGUAGUAUGCUUUUUGAGUUGGAGCCUAAGAAUGCUGGAAAUUAUGUGCUUUUAGCCGAUAUUUAUGCGGAAGCUAAGAUGUGGAGUGAAGCAAAGAGUGUGAUGAAGCUACUGGAAGCUCGUGGCCUUCAAAAGCUUCCCGGUUGCAGCUGGAUUGAAGUGAAAAAGAAGGUAUACUCGUUUGUCUCUGUUGACGAGCAUAACCCACAAAUUGAAGAGGUUCAGGCUUUGGUAGUUAAGUUGUCAACUGAGAUGAAGGAGCAGGGUUAUGUCCCUCAUACAAAUGUUGUUCUCUACGAUCUUGAUGAAGAAGAGAAGGAAAGAAUUGUACUGGGACACAGCGAAAAGCUUGCAGUUGCCUUUGGACUCAUUAAUACCGCAAAAGGUGAAACCAUAAGGAUCAGAAAAAACUUGAGAUUGUGUGAAGACUGUCAUGCUGUUACAAAAUUUAUUUCCAAAUUUGCUAACAGAGAGAUUCUUGUAAGAGACGUGAAUCGAUUCCAUCAUUUUAGGGAUGGAGUUUGUUCCUGUGGUGACUAUUGGUAGUUUUUGGCUGUUACAAUGCUCAAGAAAGUAUUUUUAAAAUAGUAGCAGAGAUUAAAAUAGUGGCUUCAAACACUAUCAGUUCCAGUUCUGGUGUAGAUUUAUUGUCUUUUUUAAAUGAGCUGGAAUAAUUUUACUUAAAAAAUCACAACCAUUCUAACAACUUUCUGAUAUAUUCUUUUAUACCAUGUCAAAGAAUUAACUUUUCUUGAAA